UUUAGCUGUGCUUUGUUCCUCUCUGAACUAAUAAACUUGCUGUAUUCACACUUUGAGAAAUAAUGACUUUUGUUGCUAUCUUGUCAGUGAUAGACAUUUUUACAUUAUAGUAAAAUAAAUAAAUCCAACAUGUCUCAAUCCAAAUUAUAAUUUCCUAUAUCGAUAUAAGCGGUUUAUUGUAAGAAUGUAAAUCGUAGGACUAUAAUUUGAUUAAGUGAAAUAAUCAUUACACUCCUUAAACAGAAUCUUAAGAUCACUCAAGGGUUGAAGCUGCUGAUUAAAAAAAAAAAAGAAAAAAAUGGUGGGGGGCAGACACUUUAGCAGUUCACUCCUUUCAUUUGCUUUCUUUAUGUAACAGGAUCAGGCAGAUGGUGUUAGGGUAACAGGAGCCUCGCAUGACUUUUCUCUGCUGUCAUAAUCAUGUGGCACAAUUGUCACUGAGGAGGGUAACCAUGCAGGUAAAUAUUUCACACCCUAUGAAGCAGACCUGAUUUCAGAGCACAAAGCCAUGCAGAGGGAGGAAAAAAUGGUUAAAAAAGAGAAAUUAACAGCUGUAUGUUUGCUGGAAACUGGAAACUGCGUGUGUGUACGUGCGCGCCGUCGCCGUGGCAGCGGCGUACAGCAGCAUGGCAGACUGCAGCACAUACAGUGUAAAAGGGGGCGGGGCUUGACAUCCCCAGCUCCGAAAACAUCUCUAAUCCAGUAUUUCAGGUGCCGAGGUCGACCGAGCGAGCAUUGCUCACAGUGGCGGCGGAAGCGGAGCGGCGUCGCGAACACACAGCGUCCGGAGUGGAAAUUAAAGGUGGAAGAGAAGUCAUUGAAAGAAAGAAAAAAACUCCAGCUAAAAAAGAGAGAGAAGUUUCCGCGCGGAGUACUUUCCCACACAGCGAAAUACAACUUAACAAGCAGACCGCUUCGCUUCUUCUUCUUCUUCUUCAACAACAGUAACACUUUUGUUUUUAUAUAUCAAAGAGGAGGAUAUCGCCGCCGCUACUAUUUUACCCCCGCAAGAGAUGGGACUUACUUUCCGAUCUUUCCUGGAGUGAAGAUUUGAUUACAGCUGCUGAAAUUCUGCACAACUAUGGAGCAAAUGUAUUAUUUUUUUUGCAAUGAUGCAGUUCUGAAGCAACUGUGAAGCUCUGACCAGUGAUAUAAAAUGGUUCAGCUGUUUUCCUGGAUUCUCAAACAGAAUUUUUUUUACAGAAGAAAACCACUUUUUACCAAAGGUUCACCCAAACAAAGACUUGGACUUUAAUUUUUUUGGCCGUUUGUUUAAGACUGAACUUUUCUAUAUAUUUUUUUUAACCGCCUGCCACCUCCUUUUAAAGUCGAAGGAUUUCAAGACGAACCCAGCUUCUUGGUGAGCUGCUCCCAGGGUGUAGAAGCCCAUGUGCAGCAGGGCGGCUCCUACAGCUCGCGGGAUAACCUAGCCUGGAACUAUUGGGGCGUCGCUCCAAACCCUCUGACUAUCCCACCUGUCGAAAGGCAGACUCCAUUAACCAAUGGCAUGGGUCAAGUUCUUCAAGAAGCGGGGCAAUCUGGGGAAGUCCUACCAGCCGGGGAGCAUGCUGUCACUGGCCCCCACCAAAGGACUGCUAAAUGAACCGGGCCAGAACAGCUGCUUCCUCAACAGCGCCGUGCAGGUACUAUGGCAUCUGGACAUCUUCAGACGAAGCUUGAGGAAACUACCAGGUCACUUCUGUCAGGGAGAUUCCUGCAUUUUCUGUGCAUUAAAGGGUAUUUUCUCCCAGUUCCAGCAAAGCAGAGAGCGGGCGCUGCCCUCUGACAACCUGCGUCACGCCUUGGCAGAGACCUUUAAGGACGAGCAGCGCUUCCAGCUGGGCUUCAUGGACGACGCUGCCGAGUGCUUCGAGAACAUUCUGGAAAGAAUCCACCUGCACAUUGUUCCAGAGGAGACGGAUUCCUGCACGUCGACGUCUUGUAUCACACAUCAGAAGUUUGCAAUGUCACUUUAUGAGCAGUCUGUGUGUCGCAGCUGUGGGGCAUCCUCCGACCCCCUGCCUUUCACAGAGCUGGUACAUUAUAUCUCCACCACUGCACUCUGUGAACAGAUGCAGCAGCGCAAAGAUGAAUCCUUCGGAGAACUUUUACAGGUAGCAAGUACAAUCGGAGACCUUCGAAACUGUCCAAGCAACUGUGGUCAGAAGAUAAGGAUCAGACAGGUCCUCAUGAACUCCCCAGAAAUCGUCACGAUCGGGUUUGUGUGGGACUCUGAGCAGUCGGAUCUCACAGAAGACGUGAUCCGCUCUCUGGGGAAUCAUCUCAGUCUUUCUGCGCUCUUUUACCGUGUCACCGAUGAACACGCCAAGAGGGCGGAGCUGCAUCUCGUGGGGAUGAUCUGCUACACCAGCCGCCACUACUGUGCCUUUACCUUUCAUACCAAAUCCUCCAAAUGGAUCUUCUUUGAUGACGCAACUGUGAAAGAGGUUGGCUCCAGGUGGAAAGACGUGGUCACUAAAUGUAUCAAAAACCACUUCCAACCUCUCCUUCUUUUUUACUCUAACCUUGAUGGGAGUGCCAUCACCACAGAAGAUGCCUCAAUGCAAAACAUCAGCCAUUCCCACUACAAGGCUUCAGUCAAUGGAGACGUGCAAGGUCACGAGUCUCCGGUUUUAUUGCCCAAAAAGCUGGAGCUCACCAGGGAGAAUCUGAAGGCUGUGCUGGGCCACGAAACGCACAAACACAAAACCUCUUCCACUCUCAGCAGGGGCAGCGCUCAGACCAGUGGAGGACGGGGGCCAGUGAAAAUCGGCGCAACUGAUCCCAGAAGUCGCCUCAGGGAGAUCUCAAAAGAAGUUGCCCACAGAGCAGGAGAGCGGCGAGAAAUGCAUUCGCCCAGAAGAGAUGCUGAUAGAAGCGGUCAGCGGAGGCCCGACCCGCGCCACAAAGAUCCAGGUCAAGACAGGCAGUACUCUCGCUCUGUGUCUCCUCCUGAGAACGGCUUCAAACACUUGGAGACUCGACUGUACAGCAGCCAAGGAAAAGGUCCCAUCCGGACGGAGAGGACGCCGCACCUUGGCGGCGGCUCAUCUCAUGAACCUCCGCGCUCCCACUUGAGGGCUCAAGCGCCACCCGCUGUGACUGUUGUCAGAAGUGGCCAUCACAACCGGCGGCUGGACCAGCACGCCAACGGAUACGACACGGACAGCAGCCAAGAUUCCCGAGAACGUCACGCAGGGAACGGCCGCAGCAGGCCGGGCCGCCCGUGGAAGCCCAUGCGGGAGGCGCUGAACGUAGACAGCGUUUUGAACUUUCCAACCGAGGGAAGCAAAGAGCCGAGGCCCCACAGUCCCCAGAGGAGACCCCGGAGUCACUCGCCGUCGCGUGACAAGGAUCGAGAUUACGCCUGGGGGGCUCGGGAAGAGCACAAACCAAAGAGCCUGAUGACCAUUUACGAGGACGAGCAGAAGCACGACAUCAGCGGCAGCCGCAGCUCGCUGGACUCCGACAGUCGAGGGGGCCACAGCGACAAGGAGCGCUUGAGGGGUUCAGCCACUCUGAAAAUGCACAACGACAACUGGAAGAUCCAGAGAACUGAAUCCGGAUACGAAAGCAGCGACCGCCUCAGCAACAGCUCAGCAAACCUCGACUCACCUGUCGUAGACAGCGCGUCUACCAAAGACCUGCCCCCCAUUCCUGAGCUGCAUCUGAUGAGGGAUCAUAAUCCCCAGAGAAAAUUUGACGAUUUGAUGGCUAACGUCAUGCACUCUUCAUUUUCUUCUGGUGAACCGGGAAGCAAAUCUCCCGAUCUGCACGACUUCCGCCAAGACCAACGUUUGCAAAGAACUAGAGCCUUUAGAUACACUCCAGGGAUCAUGGAAAAGAACAGCGGCCUGGAUAGUGAACAAGAAGACGACGCUGAUGACAGACGUUCGAGCCCCAUGCCUCCUUACUUGGUGAAGACCAGCAGCUCCGAAUGGAACAGCUCCGAUGACCUCACUGGACCUUUCUCUGAGCAGGAAGAGACCAGUACCUCCCACUUUGACCCUUUCCCAUACAACUAUCCACCAUCUCUACCCCCAAGGACUUACAGCAACUUUCACACUGAGGCAUCUGGCUCUCUCCCACCGGAAGGGCCAGCGUGGUCGUGCCCUCUCAGCGAGCCCAGAAACGGCCUCUCGCACACCACCCUCAGACGAUGGAUCGAGACCCCCGCCGAGCACGGGCUGUCGUCAGACACCAGCUCCAAGUCGGGGUCGUCGGACCAGGAGAGGAACGAUCUCUCAGCAAGUGAAAGCGACGACCGGUUUCCCAGUCCAAAACCCAGCUACGACGAUGGUGCGUCGGGCAAGGUGCAUCCCACCACCUUCUUCUCUGUGGAUAGCUGUAUGACGGACACGUACCGGGCUAAAUACCACAAGAAGCCUGCUUUCUUCAUGAAAGCAGAGGAGCACACAUCAUCGGGGGAGAGCGACGUGGAGGGACGGGGCUUCGGUUUGACCAACGUCCAAGCUCUGGACUCGUCCAGGAGCAAAGCAGAUUCAGGUUUUUCUACCACAAAGACUAAAACUACUGCAAAAUGGAAUCCAGUUACCCCAAAAGGACUUGAUGAACAUGGCUUCCUAUGACCGAUGCAAUGUGAAUGAACUCUGGAGGAACUGCUACACUGUUUGACUUGACGUUCAAGGGAUACAAACUUGGACAUGAAACUGGAUGCGAAAGAGAUUGUAGAAGGACGGCAGGUGUUUGUAGCGAACUGUCUGGAUACUAAAAGCUUUAAAUGCCGAGGUUUUUACACACUAAGAUGCUAAUGCUUAGACGUACAUUAAAAAACAAUCAUAAAAGCUUUAUUGGAGUUGGGAACUUGUCAAGAAUGUGUCACAUUACGCCACUUUACCACUCAUGAGAUUAAAAAGUUUCUUCUUCAGUGGGAGAGAAACGUCUUUUAGUAAAUAGAUUGUUUGUAUUUGUAUACCUCUUUUCUUUUUCAGUGUUAUUUGGUGUUUGCCCCAAUUCUGCCUUCUUAUACCCAUCAAUUCAUGGAUUUUAAAGAUUAUUCGCAGGCCUGGUUAUAGUUGGGGAAGGAUUUCUUAGUAAAAUGCGAGAUCUUAAAUUUUGGCACAACUUAGAAUUUAACGUGGAUCUUCAGAUGUUUUUAGCCCAAAAAAUAUUUGAUCUGAGUUGAAGGGCAUUGAAGCUGAUCAAUUAUCGCUUUAAAUCUAUACCUAAGAAGGUUUGAUGCAUCAGAGCCACUUGGAAAAAACUGAAUGAAAAGUAAUGAUUCGGUCGUCAAAGGUAGAUCAACUUCCUGUAUGUAUUGUCUUAAGUCUAUGCACUGCUCUUUCUUAAACACUCCCUACGUCUUUAUCCUCCAUGUCUUUAGUGGCAUCUUGGGUUUGCGACCAUACUGCUGUCAUAGAUGGACUCCAUCGUAGAAACUGUUCAAGCUGAAGUUAUGAUAGUGCUGUAGAUGUCACUGGUUUCUUUAAGUUCAUAUAUAAAUGUGUACAUAUAUAGAUAUAUAUAUACACAGUGCCUUUUGUACUUUUUGAGGCGGGGUUAAAUAGGAGCCAUGAUUUGUACAGUUUUCUUGAUUUAAAGACUAAUUUUUUUGUAACAUUUAAUUUUAUUUUUAUUAAAAAAUGUCAAAUAAACGGUUUUAUUUAAUCAUA